UCGAGGCCUCGCCCUCUUCCCGCCCUCUCCGGAGGGUCUCUCCUCAGAGGAGGAGGAGGAGAUCCGCGGCUGCGCCUCCAAGCCAGAGGACGGCGGGGCGGGUCUCCACCAAACAUUGAGGAGAAGAAGAAGGAGGAGAGGCGGUGGCGGGUCUCUCUCUUUUCCUAUUUUGCGGAUGAGGCAGGUCUUUCUCCCCCGAGCUCCAUGGAGAAGGCGCAGAGCAGCGUCGGCGCGGAGGGAAACAACAACAGCGGCGGCGGAGGGAGCAACAGCAGCAGCCGGAGUAGCAGCCGUCCCCCUUCGGCGGGCUCCUCUCCGUCCUCUUCGGGCGGGAGAGGGCUGCCCAGCCGGAGGCCGGAGGGAGGGGGCAACAGCGGGAGCAGCCCCGGCUCGGCGGCAGCCAGCCCGGGGGCCAGGAGGACGGAGCCGGCGCUGGAAGGCGGCCUCAGCAAAUACACCAACCUGCUCCAAGGAUGGCAGAGCCGGUACUUUGUGCUGGAUUUUGAAACUGGAAUUCUACAGUAUUUUGUGAAUGAACAAAGUAAAAACCAGAAGCCACGAGGGGUGCUGUCCUUAGCUGGGGCUAUAGUUUCUCUCAGUGAUGAAGCCCCGAACAUGUUGGUGGUAUACUCAGCUAACGGAGAAAUGUAUAAACUGAGAGCUAGUGAUACAAAGGAGAGACAAUACUGGGUGACUCAGCUGCGAUCUUGUGCCAAGUACCAUACAGAAAAUAAUUCAAAGAGCACUCCAACCUCACGAAUGAAAAGCUUAUCUCUAUUGCCUCUUGGAACAAUCAACUCCACAUCUCCCAGUUUUCAGAAAAACCUGAACCAGAGUGGGCCACCCGUUGUCACCAUUACACAUCACAAAUCGCCUGCAGCAGCACGAAGAGCCAAGAACCAGUGCCCUGGCCAGCUUCAUGAAGUCAGAGAGAUCAUGAGCCAAGUGGAGGGACAACAAAAGAACCUUGUGCAAGCCAUUGAAUCCCUCCCAGGUUCUGGUCCUCUUUCUGCCUUGGAUCAAGACUUACUGCUAUUAAAAGCUACCUCUGCCGCCGCCCUCUGCUGCCUUGGAGAAUGCCUGCAUUUGCUACAACAGAGCAUAAACCAAGUGAGCCCGCAUAGUAACAGGACAUUGCCUUCAGAAAACAUUCUAGGAUGGCAUGGCUCAAAGUCAAAUUCUUCAGAGCCACUGAAAAAUGGUGCUCUUAGUUCUUUGACAGCUUCCAGUACCAAUUUGACAUGGUCGAUAGUACCAGGUACAGCACAGAAUGAACAAAUGCAGACAACUGAAGAGUGUACCGCUUGUGAAUUGGUCUUGGUUGAAGAUGAGAUGACAGACACUGAAGAUAAUGAAGAGGAUGAGUUAGGAGUCAGGGAUGAGCAACGGAGCAUAAUUAUUCAUCUUAUCUCACAACUCAAACUUGGAAUGGACCUCACAAGGGUAGUCCUUCCAACAUUUAUUUUAGAGAAGAGGUCGCUCUUGGAGAUGUAUGCCAACUUCGUGGCCCAUCCAGAUAUGCUUCUGUCGAUUUCAUCUGGAGCAACGCCGGAGGAGAGAAUAAUUUCCUUUGUGGAAUAUUACCUAACAGCUUUUCACGAAGGUAGAAAAGGAGCAGUUGCCAAGAAGCCCUAUAACCCAAUUAUUGGGGAAACUUUUCAUUGCUCUUGGGAUGUGCCUAAAGACAAAGUGAAAUCGUUCAGAACUACCAGUGCCUCUCCAGGACCUAAGGGUCCGGCUUCAUCCGAAUGCUAUAAACUGAGAUUUGUAGCUGAACAAGUAUCUCAUCACCCACCAGUAUCUUCCUUUUACUGCGAGUGCAAGGAGAAGAAGAUGUGUGCAAAUGUUCAUGUAUGGACUAAAAGCAAGUUCAUGGGGAUGUCAGUAGGUGUUUCUAUGGUAGGUGAAGGAGUUCUUCAUGUCAUGGAACAUGGGGAGGAGUAUGUGUUCACGCUGCCUUGUGCCUAUGCACGCUCUAUACUUACCAUUCCAUGGGUGGAGCUUGGAGGGAAAGUCAACAUUCAUUGUGCCCAGACUGGCUACUCGGCUGUUGUCACGUUCCACACCAAACCUUUCUAUGGGGGAAAAGUGCACAGGGUUACAGCAGAGGUGAAGCAUAACUCAACCAACACCAUAGUGUGUAAGGCACAAGGAGAAUGGAAUGGCAUACUAGAAUUUACCUACAGCAACGGGGAAACCAAAAUAAUUGACACCACCAAGCUACCCAUAAUUCGUAAGAAGAUCAGACCAACGGCAAAACAAGGACCAUUUGAGUCGAGGCAUCUCUGGCAACAAGUCACCAAUGCCUUGAAGGAAGGCAACAUUAAUUUAGCUACAGACCAUAAGCGUUUCCUUGAGGAGAGACAACGAGUAGAGGAGAGACAGCGAGCCACUAGCAAUACACCCUGGAAGCCAAAAUAUUUUGUCAAAGAGGGUGAUGGGUGGAUAUACUUUGAUCCCCUCUGGAAGACUCGAUAAAAUCACCUGGACUCAUAAGAAGCCUGUUUUCUAAAGGCAUUAAAAAGAUGCACUAUUUAAAUUUCAGGUGUGAUUCAAUGUUGCUGUAAAUUAAAGCUGCUUAUUCCAAAUAAUGCAGCCCAAAACAGCUGAAAUACCCUGUUUCUAGAAUAUAUUUUAUGUGCACAUAUUAGAUAUGCACAUCCUAAUGUGUAUUGGUAUAACGAAGUCUGACACACACAGAGACAGACAAUAAUUAAGGAGCUGAUCUUUUGCACUCAAGUCAGUGUGUACCACAUUGCUUGUGAGAUCAGGCUUCACACUGGUAAUGAUCACUUUUAUAUUAUUGUUAUUGAAGUUUUCUAUUUUUCACAUUGCCAAAAAUGUUUUGCACUUAGAAACACUUGACACUGACAACCAUCUUACAGUCAAACUUGUGAUUAAAAUGACUUGCUUUAUGUGACAGAAGAACUAUUCUUUUCUCCGACUCUCUCCAUCUCUGAAGCAUGUUUGUUUGUAUAAUGCAUUCAAACAUUCAUUUCCUUGUAGGAAGACAGGUAGGGUCUAAGCAAUCUUGUUACUUAUCCAUUACUUUUAUCUUUGUAACUGUACGCUUUGUGUACUCAAUUUUGCCCCAUGGGAAUUUGCCUCUCUUGACGAGUACAUAACUUUCCAGACUUCUGGAAUCCCAUGCUUUCCAAACCAUUAAUUCUUCUUUCAAAGUCUAAGCAAUUCUGUCUAUUCCAUCGGCUUCACUAGCUCCUUUGAGAGUGGCCUGUAAAUAAAGAACUUAUGUCUCGCUUCGUAAUUAUUGGUCCUACAGCAGGCAAAAUAUUUAAUUGCCAAGAACUAGCCUCCUGGCAUCAGUAAGGGCUUUAGAAACCUAUGAGAGAAGAAUUCCACAUAGUUUUUGUAGUGUGAAAAGAAAUGCCCUGCAAGUAUUGAGUCUGACAGUAGGGGAAGAGAAUGUUUUUACCUACUAUGUAAUAGCAUUUUAUAGUCAAUUUUGAGCCCUAAUUUCAUUUUCAAAACAAUACUGUUAGCUGGAAAGUAAACCCAGCCCUGUGUUCCUUAUCAAAGAAUUAUAUGUAAUAUUUUAGCUGCUGGACUGGGCUGACAAAUGUUGUGUUCAGCAGCCACUUAUAUUCACAACAUUUCCUAUCUUAAUAGAUACAUGAUGAAGCCUAGAUGCUUCGAGACACUGAGAUUCGAGGGCCCCAUUUACACUGCCAUAUAAUGCAAUUUCAUAAUGCAGUUUAAUUUCAUUGGAUUGCAUUAUCUGGCAGUGUAGAUUCAUAUAAUGCAGUUCAAUCACAUUAUGAAACUGCAAUAUAUGGCAGUGCAGAUGGGGCCUCCUAUGUAGUGUGAAUGCUGAGUGGUUCAAGAGUUGACACUAGUUAAACAGUGUAUUUAAACCAUUUAUUCCUAGAGGAGAGCAUGAUGUAUGAGGAACUCUGCCAGGAAAUGGACUACAAAAUCAUUUUAGAAUGGGAAAUAAAUGUGCAAAUUUACAAUGAAAAUGAUACUUUUUGAAAUUAAGGUGACUAAAUCCAUAGUUAGGCUGAAGUUGUAGUUUCUGUUCAUGCUGCUUAAUGACAUAUUAAGUUUUUGUCAGCAUAGAAUGUUUUCUGCUUAGCUCUUAAAACUUAUUUCUACAGUGCCCCUUAAACAUUGUUAUAAACGCUCCAUUGUUUUUGUGCCUUGUCUUCUUGAACUCACUUUACAUUUUGUAAAUAAUGCUAGCUUUUUAGUAUUUUUUCAGAAGAAAUCUAAGAUGAUAGUCCAGACGAUACACAUGCAUUUCUAGGAAGGAAUGUAUUACAAGGUUAAGAGCAUCAGUACACACCAGAACACCUAGUAAUCAAACCCAGUUUUUGGCUUAUUUAUUGCAUCUUUGUCUCAGCAACUGAAAGCCAUUGUAAUUAUAAAAGUAAUUUUUCCUAAAUAUAUUAAAACUCCAGUGUAAAUGAAAUAACAGUGCAGACCCCCCCAAAGUAUACAAAAUCUUUUAGAAGGAAUGUUUUUUAGACAAGCCUCUUGUUGUCAACGUUUUAUGAAUUGACGAAAAGUACCAAAAUUUGACUAGCAUUGCUUGCAUGAAUUUGUAUUUUAAAGUUAGUCCAGUACUCAGUAAAUCCUUUCAACAUGCAGUCAUUUGAAUGAGAAAGCGUCAUUUCUCAGCACUAUAUUUUGUUCAUUCACCAAAGAACUAGUUACAUUCUUUCACAAUUUCUCUACGCCAAGGUUUUAUUUCCCUUUGCUGAUUUGAUAAUGGUUAUCAGGGCAACAGGAUGUAGCUAAAUUUGAAAUACACAACUGUGAAGUAAUAUUUUUUUCUAUAUUAUCACUUCACACUGCAUGGUUAAAAAUAACACAUCAGUCAUGUUCUGGAAAACAUCUUACUUUCUAAAUGUUUUUGUUGUUUACCAUUAAUGAAAUUAUUCCAGGGUUUAUUUCCCAAGGCUUGGAAUAGUAAUAAUCAAAAAGAGAUUCCAAAGAAUUAAGCCAGGAGACCCUUUCCAUCCCACUCCUUACAUUUCAGUUACGAUAUAAAUUCUGGGAUUUGAUGAAAAAGUAACAUGCCUUAUUUAUAGGUCAUUUCUUGUUUGUCUUGCCCCUACAGUUAUUUCCUUUGAGUGUAGAUGCCAUACACUUUGAAUUAUAAUGUACAUUUUGAUAUAAUUCCAGUUAACCUCUGUGCACUGCUGUAGGACCUAUGCAAUUUUUUCUUAAAUAGAACUGUUCAUAAACAAAUUUAUACUUAUUUGUUAAGUUCCAAUUUUCUGGCAGUCACUUCUGAUUAGCCUUCCUUUCAUAAUUUGUGAAUUAAAAUCACAAUAUGAAAACACUCAAUAAAUCUUAUUUGCAUUUAUUGGUUGCUAAAUGGCUUGCCUGUCUAGCUCUUUACUGAUCCAUUGCUCAGAACUAUGUAGUACUGUUUCCAAAGUUCGGAUACACUGAUUGCUAAGAUGUAGCUAGUAUUGUAACUUGUUUGUUAAAUUUUGCCAUAGUAAGACUUGGGAAGGUGCUUGAAUAUAAUGAAUAGAUAGUUUGCAGAAUGUUCUUUUCUCAGAUCAAGCACUGUUAUUAAUCGACAAUCCCUAGUACUGGAUUACAACCUGUUCCUAACAGCACUACUACCCUCCAGAUAUACAGGACAAAGGUAAAAGUUGGGUCAAAUAUAUAGGGCCUAGGACAAAAAAGACUGAAAAACAAUGAAGUACAAACUGAGCUUAUAGUAAGGCACAUCUCUAGGGAAACGUGAGCAGGAGAUGAGGACAAAGUGAAGACAGCCCUGAUCAGAUCUGGACUGUAUGCUGCCUCAUAAUUUCUGAGAUUUCAGCGGUCCAUACCUGUAGGCUUAAAGAACUGAAGUUUCUCAACAGUUCUUGGAGGAUUAGUCAUAGGAUUGGUCAAUGAGGCUAUUGAAGUCCUAAUGUAUUAUGAUUUAGCUUUAGUGUUCUCAGCCAGAUGCAUAGUUAAAAGUUAUCUAUUUGACUUUGAGCCACUACAAUAUACUCUCAUGUAGAAGCCUAAACUCUUUGAAAAAAAUAACCCCCCCCCCCCCAAAGAAAACCCCAACAACAUCUGGAUUGAGUUCUACACAGAUCAACAUUGGAAUAUGGUCCCAAUGUGAAGGCAGUAACAAAAAGCAUUAUCACCUCAUUUCCUCCCUCCUUUGCCUGAACCAGAGGAGGGGAAAAUACAUUUUUGGGCCUGAGUAGAAUCUAGCAACAUGGGGGAACUACAACAUUUGGGUGCUUGAGGUGGAGUGGAGCAACAACUGCCAAUUUUUAAAAGGGCUUUUUUUUUGGCAAAGGCUUUUUUAGACUGCGACAACCACUUUUAACUGGUUCUUGCCCCUAUUAAAACUGAUUAGUCCACUCCAACUCAGUUGCUCAAAAUGAGAGGUUGCACUUACUUGUGAAGGUUCAUUUCUCUAUUACUGGGUUUAUCUCUGUGUAAAUGACAAGACAGGAUCAUGUUAUUUUUGUUACAACUUUAUCACUGCUUCUCUGUCAGUUCAUUACCAAGCACUGUUCAUCUAGUUAUCAUGAAACAACAUAGACAAUGCAUAACAUUUCUUCUUAAAAUUCUGAUAGUAGGCACGGAUAACUCCUCCUGCCAUCACAAAAUGAAUCUUCAUGGUAAGUAUAUCCUCUCAUUCUUAGGAUGGCACAGAGGAGUGAUCCACUUCCAUUAGGACUUACCCAAGAUCAUAACAAUGGAGGGAUUAAACACUAACAUACUAUAACAAGGAUUGCAGCACCAUUCUGCUGAAUGCAGCCUAUGUCAAUCUAAACUUGUCCAUCUUAUAAUGUCUGAUAAAUGUACAAGGUUCUUUCCAUCCAACCACCUCACAAAUACCUUGCCGCGAAGACGACACUGGAGAUGAAGUUGUAAUUGAUAUGGAUUUUGUUGAAUGUGCCCAUACGUUAUUAAGUCUGUCUUUUCUCAAAAUCAUAACAUGCAAAAAUACAUGCCUUUACCCACAUUGCGAUAAGAUUUCUUGAUGCUUUUUGGGCUAAUGACUUAUGAUUAUAUGAAGAAAGUGAUUUGUUCAUUUCAAAUCAAUCCUCACCUCCAACAUGUACCACUUCCUUUCCCAUUACUGCUUUGGAGUUGGACAAAAAUGAGGUAAGUCAAUAGAUUCAUCCGAUAACUUAAAAGUUAAGUACUUUGGAAGAAACAUCGAACCUGACUUUAAAACUAGUCUAUUUUCCUUAAACAUGCAGAGAUUUGGCUGCAUGAAUAAAGUCUCCAACUUUGAUACUCAUCUUGCCAAUGUAAUUUCUACAAGAGAAAAAACUCUGAAUGAUAACAUUCUUAAAGAUGCCUCUUUUAAAGGUUCAAGUGCAGUCAUGAUUAAUCUUCAAAACCAAAUUCAAGUUCCAUGAUGGAAAUCUGUGGACAGUUGGAAAAGAUUAUACUGCUCCUUUCAAAAAAAUCCUUUAUAUUGAAAUAGAUCCUUCUCCACAAGUAAUAGUUGAUAGAGACCUGCCUCUUCAGUGUAUUCCAAUAUAGUUCUUUAUGCAAAACUUUCUGUAAAAAACUACAAUACAUGUUUUAUGUCUAUGUAUUGAAUGGAUACACCACUUUAAGUCUUUCAGGUUUUAUUAUGGCUUCUGUGCAGAGCCUCCCCUCAAGGCCAUAACACCAUCCACUACCUCCUUGGAGUAGUCCAUAUCCUCUAACACUCUUCUUUCGAUGUUCAUGCACUUAAGUUUAUCUAAGCAGGACGGAUGAUAAACCACACUCUGAAUAUGGAAGUCCAUAACUUUAUUGGAGGUGCUAUUGACAAUUGCGACAGGAAACAAAGAUGGUCUCGGCCAAUAAAGUGUUAAUAUCACGUGUUUAUUCUCGCAUUUUUGAUAGGACACUCUUGUUUAAUCUGCACCAGAGGGAAAGCAUACCUUCAGCCAAUUUGCUGUUAGUACAGUUGUGCAUUUAGACUUCCACGUACUGAAAGAAAUCUUUUUUAUUUUCUUUUAAAAAAUUUUUGACAAAGAGAUAAAAAAAGGUGGUAACUUUCUUUUGAAUUGCUCAAACAUUUCAUUGUUCAGUGUCUAUUCUGGAUUCUUCUUAAUCUGCACAUACAUUCAUUUUCCUUUUCAAACUGCUUUUAACAACUUGAGGUUUCUCUUUGCAUGUUGAAAUAAGUUGAUUCCAAAAUUAAUGUUAUCAAGUGUAAUCUUCCUAUAUUUGACACACACACCAAAACAGUCAUAUUGUCCAUUUGAAUAAUCACACGUCUUCUUUGAAGCACAUCUGCAAACUCGAGCAACUCCAAACUGACCAUUUUCAACUUCACUCCAGGUAAUUUGUGCUGAAUUUUGUGUCUGCUAACUCCAUACACUAUGAGCAGUGAGAUGAUUGCAAUGUGCACCCCAGCCUCUCAAACUGGCAUCGGCUGUUACUAACAAUUAGUCACUGAUUGUUAAUCAGUCUCUCAAUCACCGAGUUUAUUUCUUCAAUAUUGGUGGAAUUGGUAUCCAUAUCCAUGUUACUAAUUAAAAUGUAGAGAUAAUCAAUCCAAGUUACUCUUGCCAGUAACAUUAGAUCCGACAGUCGAUGAAACUGGAUGGUAGAUUUUAGUUUCUCCUCUUCAGAUAAGGAUAGAAGACCCCAGCCAGAAUGUGUGUGUCCUCCCAGAUGCAUUAUUUACAUCAGCUGGAUCAAAUGACUGGAUAAUUUAUUAGGAAACUAUCCAAGUUUGGAACUGUAAUUUGAAGAUCCUUCGACAAUUUUUGUUCUGUGUUUGUUUUUAUUAAUACGUUGUUCAGGUAUGGAUAAAAGUUGUACAGUAUUUUCAAAAUGCUUUAGAAUCAAAACAGUAGCAGAAAUGUCAUUAAGACAAACGAAGCAGGCGUUUUAUUUGAGUUGUGCACACCCCUAAUUAUUAGACAUACAGUAGAGUCUAAGUUAUCCAACACUCGCUUAUCCAACGUUCUGGAUUAUCCAACACAUUUUUGUAGUCAAUGUUUUCAAUACAUUGUGAUAUUUUGGUGCUAAAUUUGUAAAUACAGUAAUUACUACUUAGCAUUACUGCAUAUUGAACUACUUUUCUGUCAAAUUUGUUGUAUAACAUGAUUUUUGGUGCUUAAUUUGUAAAAUCAUAACCUAAUUUGAUGUUUAAUAGGCUUCUCCUUAAUCCCUCCUUAUUAUCCAACAUAUUUGCUUAUCCAACGUUCUGCUGGCCCGUUUGUUGGAUAAGUGACUCUACUGUAUUUCUUGUUGAGAUAUACUUUCAAUAGAACUCCUUCGUAAAAACCCUUGGAGCUGAUGCAAGGCUGAAAAGUAAUGCCCUGAAUUAAAAUUGACUGUUCUAAUCUGGAAAUCUUAGAUCCUGCCUUUCAUCCAUCAGAUAUGUGAGAUUCAAUACUGGAUGAAGGGAGCAAUUUCUCCUUUUGCACAGUGAACAAGUAUGAAUAGAUCUCAAACAUAUUUGUGUCUCUGGAACAAUUUUCCCCAUAUCUAAUAGAUGUUGUAUUUCUGAACAUAUUUGUAUUUUGUCUUUGAGAAGAAAAAUUCUUUUGAAUCUUAUUCUGUGUCCUGAUGUAGCUAGCUAUCUUUAAACCCUCGGAUCUGAUGUUCCUCUUCCCAUUGGUGUAUCUCUUUUGUCAAUAUUGCAGCCUACAUCUUCUGGGAGUAAAACCUACUCUACCUUGUUGUGGUCUAAUGGGCAAACCUGAUCUUCCAUAUUGGGGUUUAGUUCUGUUUCACUGUUGUUGAAAUAUGUAUUCUCCAAUAAAACCUCAAGUGCUUCCUCUCUGA